CAGCCCCUUUAGUUUACAAGGGAAUCGGGUGAGGGACUGGCAGCAGAGGUAGCUGCUGACCUCUCUGAGGCAGAGAAGGCUCCGUUGGACACUAGAGAAAAGCCACCCUUCAGGCGGAGGGUGCAGGAGGGCGAUCGAAGUGCCAUUUCGCUGGGGAGAAGAUCCAUGAGGUGGAAUCUGGGAAUCAAACACUUUCAUUCCUCAACAAGGAAAUCCUUUGAUUGUUAAUAUUGUUGGAGGCUGCCUUGAAGCACGUAUGAAAGAUGGGGAAGGAAGACCCAGCUAGCUGCCAAGCAGGAGAAGGCCUUGAGGCCAGACAAGUGAGGAGCUCUGGGGAGUUCUGGGAAAGGGCCAAGCAGAAGAUGCUGGUUGAAGACAUCAGGAGCUCAGAGGCCCAGCACCUGCGCUUCAGGCAGUUCUGCUACCAGCAGGCCGAGGGGCCCCGCGAGGUUUGCAGCCGACUCCACAGCCUUUGCCAUCAGUGGCUGAAGCCAGGGAGACUCACAAAAGGUCAGAUUGUGGACCUGGUGACCCUGGAGCAGUUCUUGAGCAUCCUGCCCCCAGAGCUGGAGAGCUGGAUCAGAGAGUGUGGAGCAGAGACCAGUUCCCAGGCAGUGGCCCUGGCAGAAGGUUUCCUCCUGAGCCAGGCGGAGGAGGACAAGAGGCAGGAAAAGCAGCAGGUGCAAGGACUGUUGUCGGAAGCGGCCCCUGACUUCCCUGAGGCCGAGAAGGCUCCAUCAGGCACCAGGCAGAGGCCUCUGUCCAAGGAGAUCCCCAGGCAGGAGGGCAGCAGUGGGGACACCUUGCUGGGUGCUGGAAUGACACUGCUAAUGCAUUCUCAGCCCUCUCUUCUGCCUGGUGGGAUGGAAAAUGCUUCAAGACCACGGAAGAAGGGCCAGGUGAGCUUUGAGGAGGUGGCUGUGCUUUUCACGGAAGAGGAGUGGGCUCUGCUGGAUCUGGACCAGAGAACCCUGUACAGGGAAGUCAUGGAGGAGAAUAGGAGGAAUGUGGCCUCUCUGGCAGAUGACAGUGGGGAGAGGAAUACGGAGAGAAUUUACAAUGGAGGAUUGUUGGAUGAUGUCAGCAGUAAAAAUAGAGGGAAACAGAGAAUGAACACUGAAGCAAAAGAGAAGAACAGGAAUGGAUCUUCUGUUUCUCAUCAUGGAAAAAUUCAUGACACAAAUGUUCAACUUUGGUGGGAAAUGCACAAAGGAGAGAAACCAUAUAAAUGCUUGAAGUGUAGAAAGAGCUUCAUUGAGAGCAGAACACUUACUGUACAUCAAAGAACUCAUACUAGAAAGAAACAGUAUAAAUGCUUGGAGUAUUGGAAGAGCUUCAUUUGGAGCAAAAACCAUACUAGCCAUCAAAGGACCCAUACUGGAGAGAAACCAUAUACCUGUUUAGAGUGUCGAAAGAGUUUCAGCCAAAGUGGAAACCUCAUUUCCCAUCAGAGAACCCAUACAAGGGAGAAAACCUAUAAAUGCUUGGAGUGUGGAAAGAGCUUCUAUGAGAGCAGACAUCUUACUAGGCAUCAAAGAACCCAUACUGGAGAGAAGCCAUAUAAAUGCUUGGAGUGUGGAAAGAGCUUCAGUGACAGUGGAAAUCUUACUAGGCAUAAAAGAACCCAUACUGGAGAGAAGCCAUAUAAAUGCUUGGAGUGUGGAAAGAGCUUCAGAAGGAAUGACGAUCUUACUAGCCAUCAAAGAACCCAUACUGGAGAGAAACCAUCUAAAUGCUUUAAGUGUGGAAAGAACUUUAGCGACAUUGGAAAUCUUACUAGCCAUCAAAGAAACUAUAUUGGAGAGAAACCAUAUAAAUGCUUGGAGUGUGGAAAGAGCUUCAGUCAGAUUGGACAUCUUAAUAGUCAUCAAAGAACCCAUACUGGAGAGAAUCCAUAUAAAUGCUUGGACUGUGGAAAGAGCUUCAGUCGUAGCGGAAGUCUUACUAUCCAUCAAAGAACCCAUACUGGAGAGAAACCAUAUACAUGCUUGGACUGUGGAAAGAGCUUCAGUACUAGUGGAAACCUUACUAACCAUCAUAGAACCCAUACUGGAGAGAAGCCGUAUAAAUGCUUGGAGUGUGGAAAGAGCUUCAGUCGGAUCGGACAACUUACUAGGCAUCAAAGAUCCCAUACAGGAGAGAAACCAUAUAAAUGCUUUAAGUGUGGAAAGAGCUUUAGUGACAUCGAAAAUCUUACUAGCCAUCAAAGAAACCAUACUGGAGAGAAACCAUAUAAAUGCUUGGAGUGUGGAAAAAGCUUCAGUCAGAUUGGACAUCUUAAUAAUCAUCAAAGAACCCAUACUGGAGAGAAUCCAUAUAAAUGCUUUAUGUGUGGAAAGAGCUUCAGUCGUAGCGGAAGUCUUACUAUCCAUCAAAGAACCCAUACUGGAGAGAAACCAUAUAAAUGCUUGGACUGUGGAAAGAGCUUCAGUACUAGUGGAAACCUUACUAGCCAUCAAAGAACCCAUACUGGACAGAAGCCGUAUAAAUGCUUGGAGUGUGGAAAGAGCUUCAGUCGGAGCGGACAUCUUACUAGGCAUCAAAGAACCCAUACUGGAGAGAAACCAUAUCAAUGCUUGGAGUGUGGAAAGAGCUUAAGUCAGAGCGGAAUACUUAUUAACCAUCAGGAUGCUUGAGCCAAAGAACAGGCGGCACAGUGGCCACAGAGAGAAAACCCUGUUGGAGUCACAGGCAACGAUGGGGAAACACAUAUAUCUGCUUUAACAAGAUGGUCUCUGAUGUUUUUUGUUCUCCUAAAAGCAAAAAUUGGUGGUAACGAACACCCCAGAAUAUCUUUAACAAUACACCAUUCCUGGCGAAUAAUAUUUUUUUCUCUUGAAACUCAGAGGUGUAAAGUCUGAGGACCAUAUAAGGCGGUUUGGUUUUUUAUUAUUAUGAGGUCUCUCUUCCAACAGCUGUCUCCUCCUUUUUCUGCGCCCUUUCUUUUUGGUUGCCGCAACCACUUGUCUCGGAUAGCCUCUGUCUAAUAGAUGUUCCAUAAGUAUUUCUGCCUCUUUUUCAAGAUCAGAGCCAUAAGUGGCAUUUCUCCUUAAACGUAAGAAUUGACCAUACAGAAGUCCUUUGCGCAAAUGGUCAGGGUGCCAAGAGUGGUGGAGUGGAGCAACAUGUUCUUAUCUGUUGGUUUACGAAAAAGUUGGGGGGAAAUGGACCUGUCAUGUCCUAUACCGCUGUAGGUGUCCAAAAAUGCUAUUCUGCUUCUGCAAGAUUGCAGACAAGAAUCUUUCUCAGCCCUAGUAUCUUGGUUCAAUUAAAAAAAAAAAUCUUGUCCUAUAAAAAAAAUAAAAAAUCUUGUCCUAUCUUGGAGAUGCCAGGGAGGGAGGGAACUUGGAACCUAGAUGCUCUUCCCAGAGUGGCUCCAUCCCCUGAGGGGAAUAUCUUACAGAGAUCACACAUCAAAUCUCCCAUUCAUCUGCAACCAGGGUGGACCCUGCUUAGCGAAGGGGACAAGUCAUGCUUGCUACCACAAGACCAGCUCUCCUCCUUGGAUUCCUCAUCCCCCAAGGUCAUGAGGACAGAAGGUGCAGACAGAGAAUGCAGCUGGAGCUGUCUCCCCAUCAGUGCUAUGCUGCCAGGGCUGCCUAUCAAGAGGUGCUGCAGCCCCAGCAGGGUCCCUAACCUGCCACAGGGCUGGCUGUCAUAUCAGCAAGCAAUGCCAACAAUAACAAGAUAAGCCACAGCAUUCUGCUGUAUACCCCAAAGGAUGGGUGGGCAACCUUGGCUGGCCAAUGUUUGGUUACAUGCCUGUGUUUGGUCACAUGCCCUCCAGAGUUUUCUGCCACUUAUGCAAAGCCAUGUACUGCAACUCUCCCGCAUACCAGAAGGCUGCUGGGCUUAGCAGGUCAGGAGAGGACUCUUAGGCACAAUCAUGUUACUCACCCAGCCUACCGCCUCCUGCCAGAGAGACCAGGGUGUUGAUAGGGUAAUCUGCUCUCUCCUGGACGGAAAAUCCUCCAGAGGAAUCCAUAAGCCUUGGGUGUGCUGACGUAACUGGUCCCCCACCUUUGCAGGGGAGUGCUGGGUCCACCCUCAAUCCAGUCUUCACCAGAUAGAGAUUCAUCCUUGGCAAUCUCCUUAGGGGAUGGAGCCGCUCUGGGAAGAGCAUCUAGGUUCGAAGUUCCCUCCCUGGCACCUCCAAGACAGAGCUGGGAGAGACUCCUGCCUGCAACCUUGGAGAAGCCGCUGCCAGUCUGUGAAGACAAUACUAAGCUAGAUGGACUAAUGGUCUGACUCAGUAUAUGGCAGCUUCCUAUGUUCCUAUGAACCCGGCCCCUGGACCACAAAGCACUUGUCAGUGGUUCUGGUCCAGGCUUCCAGAAAGGGUGGAGUAUAGCUGGAAUACUGCCUCUUUUUAGUGAGAGUAGAUCGGCCUUCGAAUUGAUCCAGAAGGCAUGGCCUUGUGUUCUCUAGCAGGUCCUCGUGUUCCAGAGAUGUGUCCUCUAGAUGUUGCUGAACUACAACUCCCAUUGUUCCUAGUCACAAUAAAUUGAGGCUGGGGAAUCUGGGAGUUGUAGUUUAGCAGGAGCUGGAGGACCACAGGUGGAGAAUCCCUGCUCUAAACUUUGGACCACUGUUCCUUCUAAGAGGGAUUCCCAGAUGUUGUUGACUACAGCUCCCAGAAUCCCCAGCUGAAGUGGCUUUUGC